AGUACGUAGUUGUGAAGCCGAUUAAACAAUAAUAAAUUUAUUUGAAAUGGAAACUAAAAACGUUUUUGAAAAUCGAGUGAAAAGUAUUUUCGAGAAUAGAGGGUUUUCUGAAGUUUCUAUACAACAUGAAAUAGGUCCUGAAAAAGGAUUGGGCGUUGUUGGCAACAUAUCUCAUGCGAAAAUUUGCGCGGUUAAAGACGGAGUUCCACAGGAGAUCGACGUAGUAAUAAAAAGUGCCCCCAAUGACUUAACAUACAGAAAGACCAUGCCAGUAAGGAAUUGGUUCCUUAGAGAAGUAUAUUAUUACGACAAAAUCGCUCCCGUGUACGCGAAACUUCAGGAUGAGUUGAGUGUGACGAACAAAAUCAGGUGCUUUUUCCCAAAAUACUAUGGAUCCUGUAAUAAAUCCCAAGAGGAAUUCAUCAUACUAGAAGACCUCACUAAAAGAGGGUUUUGUGUCUCGCCGCUCCACAUUUUAGAUUAUGAUCACGCUGCUAUCAUGGUCAGAAACAUCGCAAAACUUCACGCUUUAUCUUUCAUUAACGAAGAACGCAACCCGAAAGUAUUUAGAGAAAUGGCGGACGAUUGCAUUUAUAUUUUAUUGGUACUCAAAAGAGAAUAUGAUGAAAAAUAUAUACUUGAACAUGCAGAAAAGACUAUGGAUCAAUUCACAAGAGCAAUAACGGAUGCAUCACUAAGACAGCGCUUUCAGGUAGCAGCAGGGACCAAUGCGAUAGAAAAAUGUAAACAACUAUCGAAACUUGGAAAAAUUAAGGCUAUACUACAUGGUGACAACUGGCUAUGCAACCAUAUGUUUAAAUAUGAGGACGGCAAACCAACUGAAGGGAUGCCCAUGGAUUUCCAGUGGUCAAUGUACUCUUCAAUCGGCUACGAUUUCAUUUACUUGUAUACCUUCGCAGUUUCCGAAGAACUCAGAAAUAGUAAAUUUUAUCAUCUGGUCGACGAAUAUUACGCAGAGCUCAAAAGUUUUCUUGCCGUUUGUGGGUAUGACGUUAAGAAAUUCUGUUCUUAUGAACAGCUCAAAGAUGAGAUCAAGGGACAGGCCUUGAUAAGUUGCCUGGUUUCGAUGAUCGCUACCCCUUUUUUCAAAAAUCCUGGUGUUACUCUUCCAGAUAUGCUCGUUUCCCCUUCAGCAUACGCGGUGACUGAAGAGUAUAAAAGUUUUGUGAACGACAUGAUCACUGCUUGGGCCAAUUUAGGUUUCAUUUAGUAUUAAGACAAGUGAGGAAAAGAGAGAGUGCGACUCCCUUCGGUCGUGUUUUAAUUUAUCACAUUUACAGACCCAUCCGUGGGUUUAGGAUAGGUUGGGAUUACAAGAAUGCUGUUUUACACUGGUUCACUUGGCGCUUCGAUCCUUGUUCCGCUCCGUUGCAAAACUCGCCCUACGAUGAUUCAACUGUUUCUUUCCUUUCUGCCUGUUCCUACGGUAACCUCGGGAUCCUUCACAACCAGCUUUGCCUUGGAAAUCUCUGUAACCUGUGCUAAUCCCGAGACCAUUCACCAUGCCAACUAUACAGGCAGCUGACAUAGAGACAGACUAACCGCAAGAAGCGACCGGUCGCUAAUUAUUACUUGCACGUGGACCCGAUCCACCCUUGACCUUGACAGACAGGCAAUUAUAAAUUAUAUAAGCCAUUAUUAAGACACCAUCUUAUCUACUUAUGUCGAUUUGUAAGAUAAUCCAAUUGUAUAUUUUAUUUAACCAUGUGUUUAUUGUUUAAAUCUGUAUAUAUAAUUACGUUAUUUACAUUAAAG